AUUAAAGUUAACUUGAAACCCAACAAAGUAAAUGAUGCAUGAACAAUUACUCGAUUUAAACUCUUUUCAAACAUUUUUAAACCGACAUCAAUCAGAUCCAACAUUUUAUGAUAACUUUUUUAACUACGCAACAUCAACAGAUACGUGGAAAACAAAUAACAGACUUUCAGGAUUGCCCACUCCACCGUCUACUCCAGGAAACAAUGAUUGUAGAUUUAGUUUAUUUGUUGAUAAUACGCCUCAAGUCCAAUUUGGCGAUGGAUCAUUUACCAUACCUUAUCAAAACGACGAAUUCCCUGACUUUAUUCUUUCACCAAUUUCAUCGCCUGAGGAAAAGACGUUUCAAAAUACACAAUAUAUGGAAGAAAAAUUUACUAAGUACCACAAAGAUUUUUCUAAAUCUCAUGCAGUCUUAUUUGGGCGGAAUAGCCAGAACGAAAAUCUUUCAAACGAACCUAAUUUAAAUGCUUUCAAUCAGUAUUAUUGUCAAAAAAACUUACAGUACAGAAAACUGUCUCACAAUGUGUCCCAAGACAACACACAACAUGAUACACAGAAUAUGCCUUGUGUUCAUUAUUUAUAUAAUCAAGGUUUGCAGUGCCAAUCCACAGUUAACCAUUCCCCAAAAAACAGCUGCUCAGGUAAUAGUUAUUCAAAAUCAAACCUAUCUAAUAACCUAUGUUAUGGUUAUCGUGAUGAAUGUCAGCCUUAUGUAACUGGGAAUCAUUCAUUAAAUCAAGAAAUUUUUGAAGCAUUAUUUACAAACGGAUCUGCAUCUGAAAUGACUGUUAACGCAAUUGAUACAACCACUGCUGCUACCAUGAAUAAAAACUAUUUCAACAAAAACUUACAUCGACGUUCACAAACUCAAUAUUUUCGCCAAUUAGCAUAUGAAAAAAUUCGCAUGAAUCAACAACAAAAAUUAAACAGCCCAAUUUAUGAUGAAACCGAGCCCGAGUUAAGCAAAGCCGCGCACAAUGUUCUUGAAAGACAGAGAAGAAAUGAACUCAAGUUGCGGUUUAAUUUUUUAAGAGACGAAAUACCAGAUUUAGCAAUGAACGAUAAAGCGCCAAAGAUACAAAUUCUAAAAAGAGGCCAAGAGAUGCUGAAGGAUUUAAAAGCACAAGAACAAAAACUAAUUGCUGACCAUGAACUAGAAAAGCAACGCCAAAUAAUUUUAUUAAAUCGAAUAAAAUAUUUGCAGUCGGGAUUAAUUUAAAAUUUGU